AUGACCAAGUGCUUCGGUCUCCUUGUGCUAGCGCUCAUCGUGUUUGCUGGCAGCAACGCCCAUUCGACUCUAGCAGCUGGAAUUGCGACCGAGCUGCUGACGCCGAGCCGAGCGUCCAACCCUCUAGCUGAAACGAAGAGCAAGCGCAGCGAUCCGGACCGCGACGUGCCGAUCGAUGCCGCUGAUGAAGAUAGGACUAUGGCAUCGUUCAAACCAGUCAUGGGAAAGGUUGCUAACGCUCGGCAAGUGAGCUUCAGUACAUCACCGGUCAGCUUAGAGGCUAAGGCAAUAGCGCGCCUUAGGGUGAAGCCGCAACGCAGCAUGAAGAAACGUCUCGAGAACGAGUCGAUUGGGAAGAUCUACCAGGUAAUCAGUAAUCGGGAACGCGCAACCAAGCAAUUGCAGGACGCAGUGGCGAAGCUCCUCAGGGAAAAGGGUAAGUCCACUGAUUCCAAAAAUGAGCACGUGAUUCGCGCGGCCGGUCAAGUAGAGACAGCAGAGGCACAGCUGAAAAAGGCAGCGGCUGAAUUUGAGUUGUACGCAUCAAAGCACAUGUUGCGACGUCACAUGUAA